CGGGACUGGUACGCAUGCGCGGGGUGUGCCGGCUGGUUGCCAUGAGAGCCGGGGCCCGGGGGUGGCGCCGCCGUGGAGGAUGCCACACAAGGUUGGGUUUGUAGUUCUCAGUUCAUCAGGACAUGAAGAUGGCUUCAGUGCAAAGGAGCUGAUGGUUCAUGCACCAACAGUUAAUGGAUGGAGAUCACCAAGACUCUGUCAGUACCCACAAGAAAUUGUCCUUCAGAUGGUGGAGAGAUGUCGUGUUCGAAAGCUGCAGCUGCUCGCGCACCAGUACAUGAUCUCAAGUAAAAUUGAGUUUUACAUUAGUGAAAACCUUCCUGAAUACUUUGCACCUUACCAGUCGGAACGGUUUCGAAGGCUAGGUUAUGUAUCCCUAUCAGACAAUGAGAAGACUGGGUACAAAGCACGGGAGCUGAAAUCAGUGUAUGUGGAUGCAGUUGGACAAUAUCUAAAGCUGACUUUUCAUAAAAAUUAUGUCAAUAGGUACAACUUGUAUGGGCAGGUUGCUCUAGUAGCAAUAAAUAUAAUUGGGGAACCUGCCGACUCUACUAAUGACAAUAAUAAUCCUUCAAGAGAGAAGCUGAUUGACCAUUAUCUUGGGAGCAAUUUGGAAGACCCAGCCUUAGAUGGAACAUACAUUGGGAAACCUGACUCUAUUUCACCACUGGAUGACUUGGCUUUUGAUAUGUACCAGGAUCCAGAAGUUGCUCAAAUAAUUCGUAAACUGGAUGAGAAGAAGCAAGAAGCUGUCCGUCACGAACGCUAUGACUAUGCUAAGAAGCUCAAACAAGCUAUUGCUGACUUGCAGAAGGUUGGUGAGCGACUCGGGAGGUAUGAAGUGGAAAAACGCUGCGCUGUGGAGAAAGAGGAUUAUGAUCUUGCUAAAAAAAAGAAACAGCAGAUGGAAGAGUACCGCCUGAAGGUGUAUCAGCAACUGGAGCUCCACAACCUUAUGGAUCCAGAGCUGAUGAUCAGAAGGCCACCUGAGUUGCCUCUUGAGCCUGUGAUUCACUCUGUUAGCCCUCAGCAAAAGAAAUCCACACAUUCACCCCAACAUGAGAAAACGGAACCAGAGAAAGUUGAGCCUUUGCCACAGGAAAAGCCAACAGAGCCAACUUCUCCUGAGCCUGUUGUUCCCCAUCAGUCCCCUCCUCCUGUGGUCCAGACCCCAGCCUCAGUAGAGGGCUUUCCCAAGAUAAAUGUAGAAUUUUUACCUUAUGAUGAGAGGCCUCUUCCAGCUAUUCGUAAACAACAUGAGGAAACAUUUGCCUACCUUGAGCCAGAAAUGAAUGAAGAGUAUAUUGAUGAUACUCCAAGAAGUGGCAUCACUGGGGAGCCUGAACCAUUAACAGAAAAAGCACUAAGGGAGGCCAGCCCUGCCAUUGAAGUUUUUGGAGAGGCUUUGGUUGCAGGAGCAUAUUCCAAGACUUGGUCAUAUCGAGAAGAUGCAUUGCUUGCUAUAUAUAAAAAGCUGAUGGAAAUCUCUGUCAGCACCCCAAAAGAGGAUUUAAAGAACAUGCUCAGGGCUGCUAUCUUUCUCAUAAGAAGAGCCACAAAAGACAUAGUGUCUUCUGUUUUUCAGGCUUCCCUGAAACUUCUAAAAAUGAUCAUUACGCAGUACAUACCAAAGCAUAAGUUAGGGAAACUGGAAACGGCUCACUGUGUGGACAGAAUCCUUCCAAAUCUGCUUUCUAGGACUGGGGAUUCAUCAACCCGUCUGCGCAUUGUGGCUUCCAACUUUAUUCAGGAAAUGGCACUAUGUAAUGAAGUUAAACCCCUUCAUAUUAUUCCAAUUCAUUUGGUCCAUCCAUUGAAACCAAAUUCCCCUACACAUCUAGCAAUGAGUCAAGUUGAAUUAGUGGAACGCCUCUUGAAAAAUUUGGGAACUGAAAAUUCUGGGUUUACUGUUGACAACAUCAUGAGGUUUGCAACAGGUGCUUUGGAGCAUAGAGUGUAUGAGGUACGCGAUACAGCAUUACGGAUUAUCUUUGACAUGUACAGGCAGCAUCGGACCGUUAUAUUGAACUAUCUUCCACCAGAUGAUGCCAAUACACGCAAGAAUGUGCUUUAUAAAACACUCUUUGAUGGAUUUACUAAAAUAGAUGGCAAACUUACUGAGGCUGAAAUUAAAGCACAGAAAAAGGCAGCCACAGAAGAAGCAGAGAAACAAAAGAAGGAACAAAUUAAGGUGUUGCAGGGACAGCUGGCAGCACUGAAGGAGAUUCAGGCAGAAGUUCAGGCUGGAAAGGAAAAAGAAAAUGAUUUUCAGAAGCUAAAGAAUCAAGGUGAUCAGCUAAACAAAGCCACCCUAUCUGCAGCAACAGAAAUUUCAGACGAUCGUUCCUCGGUUGCAAAUUAUUUAGAUAAUCUGUGCAUUUUCUGUGGUGAAAGGGAUGAAUCCUUCACAGAGGAAGGCUUGGAUCUCCAUUACUGGAAGCGUUGCCCAAUGUUAACAAGAUGUGAACACUGCAAGCAGGUCAGGCACUAUGCUGGAAAGUCUGUGCCAGUAUACAUAACACAUAAUUUCUGGAGACCAGUGGUGGAGAUAGCUAGUUUGACAGAGCACCUGCUGACUGAGUGUGAUAAAAAAGAUGGCUUUGGGAAAUGUCAGCGCUGCAGUGAGGCCCUUCCAAAAGAGGAGCUGCCCAAACAUAUCAAGGGCAAGGCUUGCAAUCCUGCCAAACCAGAAAAAGUGGCAAACCAUUGUCCAUUGUGCCAUGAGAACUUCACCCCAGGAGAGGAGGCUUGGAAAUCUCACCUAAUGGGGAAAGAUGGCUGUAAAAUGAAUCUGCGGAGGGUGCACACUAUAAACAAAACCCUACUGAUGCAGCCUGGCAAAGCAGGAGGAUUAGCUGUCACCAAGCCAGUCCCUACAGGAGCAAAGCUGCGAUCCCCCACCAUAGGAAGUAAGAUCCCAACCCCAAGAGGGGGCAUAAAUAAAAGCACUGGCAGAACAUAUGCAAAGCGAUGACAUGAAAAGUACUUGUUUCCUUCAUAACUGAGCAAGUUUUUUGCGAUGCACAUUUGUGAGCUUUGAUGGGAACAUCAAACUGCACGUUUCACCUGAACUCCCCUCUGCUGUCUGUUAGUCAUGACUACUGCUUGCCCUCUUUGGUUUCCCAGUGUUGUGCAUAACUGCCCCAAGAGCCUACAUCUUACUGCUUAGUGACCUGCAGACUAUGGGAAAGGUCCUCUGGCCUAGGGCAUUCCUUUGUCCUUCCCCAAUGGCAAGAAGAAUAGAAAUUGGCUGCAGAAUCUCUUUUUGCAGCUUUCCUAGGAAAGGGGAGUCCCCAAUAAGUAAAGAGCUAGCUGAGCCAAAUACAAUGCUACCCUCUGCAGCAGCCAACAGAGGUUGGGGCAAAAUGGCCCAAUGGGUUGUGGCUGUUCCCCUAUUUAAUGGGAUGACAGUUGUCUUGUGUUCACUUAAGUAGCCUGUUCGCUGGGGCUGAAAGGAACAGGCAUCGACAUCAGGAAGCCACAGUUUUUAGUUCUCUAUGCUAUCCAGUGGCCAAAGAAGGCCAAUCUGGCACAAAACUGUUUCAGAAGGAAGCUUUAAGAUGUUUUGUUCUUUUGGGCCCAGUCUCAUAUCUGCUCACAAAAGUUAUGGGAAUAUAAUCACCUGACUUAAUCAGUGAAAACUGGUAACUGCAAAAUUAGCUUCUAAUUGUUCUCUGCCCAUAUUUGCUUAUUUGUGUGACUGAUUCCAAGGAAUAGAGUCACUAGUACUUCUUUAUAAUCAGAGACACCUUGAUACAAGAAUAGGACUAUAAUAAGAUACAGAAUGAUAGUACAAAAUGUCUUUAGUAUAUAUUUAUGCACUACUCCAAAAGUCAAUACUAAUAGUGAAACUAUCACAUUUAGACAUGGGAACAAUUUGGUGAGAAAUAGUGAACAGACUAGCUAUGUUCUCAUUGUAGCUUUCAUGCAGUUAUCCUUGUCACAACAAUAUCACAACUCUCUGGGUCUAAUGUACAAGUAACAAAAAAAAAUGUAGACAGUAAAUCAGUAGCAAAAAUAUUCCUUUACUAUGGAAAUGGAGGAUUUCAAUAUGGUUACUGGUUUGUAGCCAUGGAAUGAUGGUGUAAUUAAACAUGGGUUCUUCCUAGGAAUUUUACCUGCAAUGCUAGUCUUUUUUCUUGCUUUUUUUUCCUAUUUUGAUCCAUGUGUUCAGUAUAAUAAAUAAGUCAUAAGAGCUACUUCCUCUAAGAUAAAACCACCUAUAUAUUUUAGGAGUACACUUCUAUAUAUAGCAUACGUAUUAGACAUUUAGAUCAAGUACUUAGGCAUAAAUUACUCUAUCAAGUAAGAUAAUGUAAAAAGCAGGUUGUAAACCAUUUGAAAAAUGACAAGAUUAUAUUUAAAUAGAUGCAGACUCAUCCAAACCAGUGAAUACCCAUGAAGUGAUCAGCUUGUGAAAAGGCAGAUUCAAAGCUAACAGUGGAGGAGGAAACAAUGCAAGCUAGGAGUUUUUUUUUUCAGAUCCCACACUAUCCAAUCUGUAGUUUCUCUUCUUGCAGCAAAUGCAACCCACUUUGAUGCUGCAAAGAAAAGCAUUGGGCCAUUCUCUGGAGACUUUAUUUCACUAUAAGUUCAACUGCAUGAGGCAUAAUUUCACAGCUGGUGGGUAGCAGCCUGAAGUGUUACCCCUUUUCUUAUUUUUUAACUUUCAACACAACACUCUGCACUUCUUUGUCACUUUACAGCUAAAGAGCUGAAUAAAUUCUCGCUCAAACAGUGGCUGGGAAUAGCAAAGGUUCCUUUGGAUAGAACUUUAUGAAAUUGUGCAAUUAAACUUACCAGUACAGGCCCUGUCUGUUAGGGGAAAUACUUGAUCCAAAAAUGGACAAGAGUUAUGUGAUGAAAAGAUUUUGCAGCUUUUUUAAUAAUUAAAUUAGUAUGGAUGUACAGUAAAAUGGUCAUAUGUUCUAUCCUUUUUGUGGGCAAGUAGCUUUCUUUAAUAUUGGCUAGAUAAGCCAAUGGGGAAAAAAAGGAAAAAUUGUUCUGCAAAGUGUCUCCCUGCUUGUAGACAAAAAAAAAAAACACCACCCAAAAAAUCUACUUUACCAGACGAAGCAGCAUGUUAUUUCAACCCAGCUCCCCAGCAUCUGUGUAGAACAGGUGCUUCAGCAUGGCUUUUUGGUGCUUUUUUUAAUAGACUAGCCAGUUGCCCAUCAAGAAUGAUGGGGGGAGAGAGGCUGGGAUGGAGUGUGCCACCUAACACCCCAUGCUGCCGCUGUUCUGCCUCUUGCAAGGGGUGGGGUGGGGGAGGAGCAACGUUGGCCUCGGCUCCCCCACCCUCUGCCCGGUCCUCUGCACAGCUUCCGAAUCGUGGUGGCGCUCCCCCACGCUGGAGCACUCCGAUUGACUGUUUCCGUCAGCCAAUCAGAGCACAAAUAAAGCAUGACGGAGAGAUGGACAGACUUAGGCUUUUAUAAUAUUAGAAUGAUUCAGUCAGCCAUUAGAUAAAAGCACCAAAAAAGUCCCACUAAAGCUCCUGGUCUAAUGCAGACAUCAGGUGUCUCUUCUUGGACAUGUGCUGGACUCAGUGCGGGAGCGUGCUGAGUUUAAAGUAAAGCACUGUUUUUUUUUGUUCUGUUUUUGUUUUAUGUCUGCAAGCAGCCUCUCUGCUCAGGGAAAAAUGCCACCCAUAAUUUACAAUCCGUGCAGAUGAACCCAUGGUAAAUCAGCAGAGACUGCCCUUUCAGUACGUACUGAAAUAAGGAGUCAGUCCUACAAGUGAAAUCUGGGACUUCCUUUUUUUAAAUAAACUUAAAUUUCUAAAUCCCUAGUUAAUGCUGGGACUCUGCUCUGAACAGAUUGGGUGAACGUUGGCUCUUGACAGCCUGAUAGCUUGGGAGCUCCUCUCUUACUUGCGACUAAGCAUGCCUUAGUCCCUUUAGAAGUGGCUUAAGUUCACCUGCAAAAAGGCAGUCUUGAUGUGGAAUGAAUGUCCACUCAUGGAGCUGGCAUGGAAUGGCAAGUGUGCUUUAAGUUCACACUUCAACAUAUUUUCUUCUCCCCAGGGAGGAGCUUUAAAUGUGGGAAGGGGCUUUUAAGAACUGUAAAAGUAAAACAAACAAACUAAAAUGUAUUUUAAUGUUGUUUAAAAGUCACUCUCCUGACUCUGGCACCCUGGCUAGUUUUAAAUCUGAUUUAAUAAUAAAGUUUGUUUUCCUCUCAUUAGCUGUGCAGUGAAGUAAGCAUUCAUACACCGGAGCACGUGGCAGCAAUUUGCUUUAUCAGAACACAGAGUGCUAAGGAGUAGGUGCUAAAAUGCUUUCACGCCAUGGAACAACACUUUAACCUCCCCGUUUCAUUAUCAGCUUCAGGACAUUUCCUUCCAAGAGGGAAUGAAUUGUUCUGCAUCUGUCCCCACAAUGGGUACAGAAAUGCCUGAUUUAUAGUCCUCUUAUAAGUGAUAUUUUUCUUUUGCUGCAUUGAAGUGAGUUUGCUGUCUUGUAUUUUGUAUAUGUUGUACUAUAUUUGUAGUGUACAGUUUUUAUAGAGCUUUUCAUGUGCCCUGUAAAUACCUAUGAAUUUUAUAAGUACAUUUUAAGUAUGUUGCAAUGUGUCUUUUGAAACUGCUGUAUGCAAUGUUUUGUUUAUAUAUAUAUUUGUUAGAACCUAAAUGACACAUCCAUUGUAAAAACAGAUCCUGGAGUCCCUUAUGCAGCCUACUUCCCAGUGGUUUUGUAUAAUGAGUGGGAAUUGGGUAUUAAGAUUCCAGAAUACAACUUGCUUUGAAAAGGCCGAGACCUGCAAGCUUUUACGUGUGUACACUCAGUGAAAUCACACCUAUGUAUUAAGAGCAGGGGCGGGCAAUUAUUUUGGGCGGAGGGCCACUUACUGAGUUUUGGAAAGCCAUCAAGGGCCAUGUGAUAGGCAGCCAGGGAAGAUAAAUAUUAAUUUUCUAAAUGUUUCAGGGGCCCCGCAGGCCGGAUAGAAUGGCUGCAUCCGGCCCUUGGGCCGCAUUUUGCCCACCCCUGGUCAAGAGCCUCAUUUGCUGGAUUUGGUCUUCUCAUUGCAAAUGCUGACCCCUCUUUGGUGUUAGCAAGUCUUUUAACUUGGGCAAGCAAUACUUGAAGGCUUUUAGUUAAACCCUACACCCAACCUAAAUUGCAAACAUACUUACUGUUCUUUAAUUUGAUUAGGGGAGCAUCCCAGAUUAAAAGACUUUAAAACUUUUUAUAAUAUGGUUUACAAAGCCUCACCAGUUGGAAUAAGGGCCAUAUUUACUAUUGUUAUUUCAUCAUUUGGGGGGCAUAUCUACACGAGACCCUAAAGUUGCAGUAGACUAAUUUCACUACACAUUAGCCCGGCUGGCAAAAACUGUGCUGAUGUGCAGCAGAAUUAAUCUACUGUGUAUUUGCGUUACAAAAACUAUUUGUAUGCGCUGAUGUACAGUAGCGCCAAUUAUGGUGCAUUAAGGUUAGUACAUUAUGGCACAUGAAUGAACAUGUAGACAUGCUCAUAGUGGCUGCCGGAUUUGGGAAUUAUGUUGUUUUUCACCACUUGGCUCUGCUCCCUCAUGACUUUUCCAGCUUGUUUUUUCAUUGAUGUUUAGAAGUUGUGAUGCUUAACUGAGAAAGCAGUGUGUUUAGGGUACAUUCCCCAAAUGCAUUUCCCCCUGCUUCAUUUACCAUGAUCCAUGGGAAGCUUGUGAACUGCUUUCCUGCUUUGCUACUUCAAAUGGCUUUAUACAGUUUGUGGCUGCUCUUUGUGUAACUCUUCAGCUUCCUUGCAUUCUGUGCACUAAACUUUCUGCUUAAAUGUGUUGUCAUCACUGUUGCCUGCUCAACAAUUGAGCCCUGGCACAGGCUUGCACUGAUUCUGGUGUCUCUGCUGGUCACUGCAUUGUCAUGCAGUCUGUGGAACAUGUUAUAGGCAAUCUUGGCGCACAUGGCUGAAUAAAAGCUUGUAAUCGUAAAACAGAAGCUACCUGUGGUAAAGACUUGAACGGUGUUUAGAGGUGAGCCAGUGGAAAUUUUUGAAGACCUUGACCCAAUUUCACUAAGCAAACAGUGAUGCCAUUUAUCAUUUUAGAAAGGAUUUAACCAGGCUACUUCCUUAUUUUAAGAAGUCUGUUUUCUAUCCCCUGAUAAAAUAAACACCAGAGUGAAAAACAGUGAAGCAUGUUCUCAUGCCAUGCAAAAAGAAAAGGAGGUAUCUAGUGGCUUACAUGAUGUCUGGACUUAAGUAUUCCAGAGCUCAGUAUCUUUUGGAGGGGCACUUUUUGCUGGGUAAAGGCCGCCAAACCUGCUUAGCACAUGUAUGCUGUAUAUCAAGGAAGGCUUCUGUAUCCUGCAGAAAGGAAGGUCAGCCUUUGGCCCCUACAUCGUAUUUCUUCCAUCAGAGACCACUAGGUUCUGCAAACAUCUGCCAGUAGUUUUAUUUCUCAUCCAUCUGAACUGCAGAAGCUGUUCAAGAGCAAAAGCAUAUCAUCCCACCAGGAGUUCACCCACAUCUGAGGCUGCUGUUGGGGAAUUCCACUCCUGCAAGUGAUCAUUUGUCUGUUGAAUCAUUAGCAGUUACUUGAUCAAAUAACCUUUGAUCCCAGCAGUCUUGUAAUUCUCACUUCUAGUGAAAGGGCACCUAGGUGAAAUUAUGUAAUUUGUAUCACUUUAUUUAAUAAAAUUAAUCUAUUUUAA